GCCCCGGCCCCGAAGAAGCGCGCUCCCUUCCAGGGGCGGAGGUCCUGGGAGCAAGCCGGGCGGGGCGCUGCGGCGGGGGCGGCGCUCGGUGGGCGCGGCGGAGCCUGCCCGGCGGGGGUGCCGCGCACCUGGCUCCACAGCCCCUCCCCGCGUGGCCCGGCCCCCGCCUGCCCCAGACGCCUCCAGUCCCGGCCUGGAGGCCCGCGGCUGUCCUCCGCCGGCGCGCGUGGGCGGACGAUGGGUCAACGCGAAAAAAGUGAAUGAGGACGGCGGCCACAGCCAGCGCCUGAUUCCGCCGGGCCCGCCGGCUCCAUGGACGCGCCGUGCGCCUUGGCGGCUAAGCCCCCGACCGGGAGGAAGAUGAAGGCGCGCGCGCCCCCACCCCCUGGGAAGCCCACCACCCCGACUGUGCAGAGGGGACAGAGCCCUCAUCGCAGUGCGUCCCCUGCCCGCCGGCAGAACCUGCUGCACCUGAAGGAGGACUUGCAGGACAGGGCGGUGGACCUGACCGUGGUGCUGCCCAGUGGGCUGGAGAAGAGGAGCGUGGUCAACGGGAGCCACGCCAUGAUGGACCUCCUGGUGGAACUGUGCCUGCAGAACCACCUGAACCCGUCCCACCACGCCCUGGAGAUCUGGUCUUCCGACUCCCAGCAGCCUCUGAGUUUUAAGCCAAACACUCUGGUGGGGACCCUGAAUGUGCACACCGUGUUUCUGAAGGAGAAGGUUCCUGAAGAGAAGGUGAAGCCCAGCCCGCCCAAGAUGCCCGAGAAGUCCGUGCGUCUGGUUGUGAACUACCUGCGGACGCAGAAGGCCGUGGUGCGUGUGAGCCCUGAGGUGCCGCUGCGGAGCAUCCUCCCGGUCAUCUGCGCCAAGUGCGACGUGCGCCCGGAGCACGUGGUGCUGCUCAGGGACAACGUCGCGGGGGAGGAGCUGGAGCUGUCCAAGUCCCUGAACGAGCUGGGCAUAAAGGAGCUCUACGCCUGGGACAACAAGAGAGUUCUUCUGAGCAAAACUCAGUCGGAGCCUUCCCUGAGCUGUCGAGGUACAGAAACCUUUAGAAAAGCAUCCCUUGGCAAUGACGAGAUGGAUAAGGAGAAGAAGAAGUUCCUCGGAUUCUUCAAAGUCAGUAAAAGGAACCACGGCAGCAAGGUGGAGCCCCCUGGGCUGGGGGGAGCAGACAGCGACGAGGACGCCUCGAGGUCAGCGCCAGGCCGGGGCUCGAACGGCUGUUUGACGACACCCAGCUCCCCUUCCGUGAACUCCCGCUCCGUCACUCUGGGCCCGUCCCUCUCGCUGAGCAACAUCUCAGGCCUGUCUGUCAAGUCGGACGUGAAGAAGCGCCGGGCCCCUCCUCCUCCGUCCCUGCCUGGCUCCGGGCCACCGGUACAAGACAAGGCAUCAGAAAAGAUGUCGCUGGGGUCACAGAUGGACCUGCAGAAGAAGAAGAGGAGGGCACCAGCACCCCCCCCACCCAGCCCCCUGGUGCCCCCGCGCACCGAGGACCGCGAGGAGAACCGGAAGGGUGCAACGGGUGUUGGACGGCAGGUGCCACAAAAGCCUCCCAGAGGCUCUGCUCGGGGACCCCCCCAGUUAGUGCUCCCCCCACCCCCAUCCUAUCCUCCUCCCGACACAGACGUGGCAGAGCCUCUCGGCUUUCCUGGGGAAGGCGCUGCUCCCGAGGCCUGCGAGCUGAGACCCACACUGAGCCUCCCCCUGGGGCCCAGCGGCGUGGACAGGGUCCUGCCGGCAACCCCAGACGCCGAGGAGACGGUGUCCGUUGGCAGCUGCUUUGCCUCGGAGGACACGACAGAGGACUCAGGUGUGGUGAGCUCCCCUUCCGACAUCAUCUCUCUGGACUCCCAGCACGACAGCACCAAGUCCAGAGAGAAGUGGGCCACUGACCAGGAGGACUGCAGUGACCAGGACCUGGCUGGAGCCCCCGAACUGGGCGCCUCAAAGAGCCCCGCGUGGGAGAGAAACGGCUCUAGGCCCUGGCAUUCGAGAACUGAGAAUGCUGCUGCGGCCUCCAAUGACGACAGAGACCUGCUGGUCGCCGCGCGGUUGGAGCAGAGGCGGGCAGACCUGGACGAGGACCUGGAAGACUUGGAAGAGAGCUACGAGGCCGACAGCAGCUCCCUCACGGGCUCCACCGACGGCGUGUCCAGUCGUGGCACGCAGGACGCCAUCGGCCCCGACAUGGACCCGGACACCAUCCCAGUGACGUUCAUCGGGGAAGUAGAUGACCCCGUGGAGCUGGGGCUGUUCUCCAACAGAAACAACAAUGCCAGGUCUUUCGACAGGGGGUGUGUAGCUGGCAGGGAGGCCCACCUGCCCCCAGCCCCAGGGGUGCCCCCGCAGCAGCGUGAAAAGCAGAGGGCGGAUGGGCCCGACGGAGCUGCCCCUCCCCGAGACACCGGGAGGGACGUCCGAUCAGCCUCAGCCGACUCCUGCAAAGACCCGAAUCCUGUGACGGCAGAGCCCCGGGCGACCUCCAAGCCCUACCAGCAGGCCCGGAGUGCGCAGGAGCAAGGCCGGGGGCCGGUGAGCUCUCCACCACGGAAGGAGAAGGGCAGUGACGAUGAGAAGGACGUCUCGGUGCCACCGUCAUGGUGUCAGCGAGGCCAGAACCCGGGAGGGAGUUUUGGACUUAAAUACGGCCUCACAACGUAUAAAAUUGUCCCUCGAAAAUCAGAGAGGAGAUGUUAUGACAGAGGAGUGUCGCUCUCCACAGGCGCCAUCAAGAUCGACGAGCUGGGGAACCUGGUGAGUCCCCAUGCGAAUGGAGGCAGGACCAUGGCACUGCCGUCCCCUGCUCUUGAAAAAAAUGCCCGGCCCCUGGGGGGCACCAAAGAACUCCGGCGGGCAGGCUCCCUGGAGAAGCGCUCUGCCCGGCCCCUGGGGAGCUCGGCCCGGGGUCCCCCCACCCCCACGGCUCCAGCAAAGGCUCCGCAUCCGGACGGCAGAGGCAGAGCAGAGCCCAGUUCUCCGGACCCCCCGGCAGCGUUGCCCCAGCAGCCCUCUGCCCACCAGGGUGAUGGCAGGCUGCUGCCAGAGGGGCCCAGCCGACCACCCGCAACAGCCACUUGUCCCAUGAAAGUGCCAGCAGCUCCCACCACCCAAGUCCCGUUUCUCAAGCCUCAGAGAAGGACGUCCAGUCAGUACGUGGCCUCGGCCAUCGCCAAGCGGAUGGGGCCCCCUCGAGCCCAUGCCGGUGUGGUGAGGAGGCGUGAGGAUGCGGAGAAGACCUGGGGGGACAGGGGGCUGGGGGCGAGAGGACAGCCUCAUGCUACGGAAGAGGACGCCCCCCACAGCCCGUGCCCAGAGCCACACAGACGUGAAGGGGAGGCAAAGUCGCCCUGCGGCCACCUGCCCAACACCAACGGGGAAGCAUCGGCAGGGGGGCUAGCGGGCAGCCCUCCCGGGAAACCAUCUCCACAAGACGGUCCUGCUGGAACCCACGGAGGCACCUGUGUCCCCCUCAUCACGGCGGCUCAGAGAGACCAGGAUUCUGUGGGACUGAGCUGUGGUUUUGUCGGAAAGCAGGGCACAGGCAUCGACAGGACCAGCUCAGCGCCAGACCCCAAACACACACCAGACGGCACCGAGCGCCCACUUUCUGGCUCAGGAGAUGUUCCGGCUCCUGGCCGGCUCCUGCUGAACGGCUCCGGGUGGGGCCCCAGCCACAGCGAGCCUCCUGGAGCUCCCAGGACAGCUGGCUCGGACCACUACACCGUCCUCCCGAGGGGGGAGGAGAAGCUCGAUGUGCCGUGUACGGAUAUUCAGGACCCCGACAGCACACCGCCCCCCAGCAUCUUUGGGCCAAAGAAGAAGUUCAGACCCGUUGUGCAGAGGCCAGCCCCCAAGGACACGUCCCUGCACAGCGCCCUGAUGGAGGCCAUCCACGCGGCCGGAGGCAAGGACAGGCUGCGCAAGACUGCAGAGCCCAGCACAGAGGGAGGGCCCAAAAAGCUGUCCUAUGUGGAGGCGGAGAGCGAGCACUCGGCCCUGCUGGCCGCCAUCCGGGGGCACCGCGGCGCCUGCAGCCUGCGCAAGGUGGCAUCUUGUGCCUCUGAGGAGCUCCGGAGCUUCCGUGAGGCCGCAAGCUCUGCACGCAGGAUGGAAGCCCCGGGGCUGGAGGACCUCGCCAGCCAGUCCCCGCCUGCACUGCCACCCCCAUCUCCUCCGGCUGCCCCGGCUCCCCCCACAUCCAGGACAGCAGCCAGGUCAAGCUCCAGCCCCCUCAGCAACCCCAUGGACGCCAGGCAGGCCUUGAUGGACGCCAUUCGCUCUGGCACAGGGGCCGCCAGGCUGAGAAAGGUGCCCUUGCUCGUGUGAACCACCAGGAGGACCGGACUGUGGCAGAAACGCCCCUGCCAGGUGCCCACCGCCCUGCCUCCACGACGCCACGUGGCCUGGGCACCAGGAUGUGGCGUGACUCCCGCCUGCGGCCAAAACCUGUGCUGUUGGUUUCCCGUCCCAGUCACGGCUCAGAGGGAGGGGCGCUCGAUGCCCGGGGCUUGUGGCUUGUGUGCCAAGGAAACGUUUUAUCCUGCCUUUGAGUAUUUAAAGUUGCCAAUAAACGGUUCUUGUUGGCAGGCUGCUGGGAGUACAGAGACGGGGAGUUGACACUGGAGCCCAACAGGACACUAGCAACCUCGAAGGGCCGUGGGCAGAUGACCAGGCCUCAGGCCGGAGGGGGCCACUGAGACUUUGACCGCACACCACAGGGUCAGCCCGCCCAGUUGCUCGCACACCCUCACUCACUCGCUCGCACUCCAGGGGGAAAGACGGGGAUGAAAGGAUCUCAGCUGAAGGCGGCGGGCCGUGCGCCAAGGCGUCAGGCAGCCCUGUGUCUUAUUCCCGAAGGGUCUCGGCUGGAAGCCUCGGAGGGCCACAGACCAGCCAAGGGGAUCGGACCAGCUGAGGCUCGGAAAGCCAGCGGUGAUCGCCCGCAGUGACACAAGGCGCAUGCAGAUGGGGGAGGGUGCAGGCAGUGGGGGUGGGGGGCGUUCAGAGCUCCGGAAAGGCAACGCAGCUGAGACCCGCAGGGCACUGCAGGGGGCAGUCGGUGCCCCACCUGACAGCAGUUUCGGGUGGGGGGGGGCUAUGAAGCUGCAGGACCCUCCCCAUCCCCCACAGGGCCAGGACCCGGGAUGCUGGGUGUCACCGGCCCAAGAUUGGCUAAGAUUUCUUGAUUUGAGAAGAAAAGGAAAAGUCCUGAGACUUCUGCCCAGCGGGCCAGUGUGCCCCUCAUACCGUGCGGCAGUCUCCCCGUCGGGCCGGCCCUCAGUCACCAGUAUUUACGAGGAAGCAGCCACGGUGGUUUUUCACAGCUCCCCCCAGAGCGAACUCCAUAAGAGACCAGGAGAGAUGGAGAGCAGCCCCUGGGAUGAAGCCUCCCUCCCAGCGAGGACGAGGUUGAGGCCGCUGGUAUGGUGUGACGCAAGGAACCUCCCAGGUCUGUUUUGGCAGCGUGGGCACUGGGCUCUGCGGUACCCGAUGAACGUCACUCACCCUCCCUGGUGGCGGGAGCACCGCCAAUGGCUCCCACACCACACGGUCUCUACAGCGUGUCUUUUCGUGCCACAAAUAAAGCACUCGGAAAUUGUA